AGAAUAUGCAGCACCUGAAAAUCCUGAAACUGAGCCUAAAAAAGAUAGAGAAAAUAGAUUAAAAAAUAAAAGAAAUGCUAAAUAUAGAUAUUAUCAAACAUUAGAAGAAGGAAAUUCAGGACCUUCAACAAGAACAAGAUCUAGAACUUCUAAAGCAUUAUCAGACUCAAGAGCAAAAACAAAAGAAGGUCAAAGAGAUAGACAACAAGCACAUAGAGCUUCUAUGAGUGAAGCAAAAAAAGAAGAAAAAAGAAGAAAAGAUAGAGAUAGAUAUAAAAAGCAAAAAGAAGAACAAUUUGGACAAUUUUAUAAAAUAGGACAUUGUAGUUUAGAUGAAUAUCAGGAGGAGGUCAAAGAUAAUAGUGGAGAUGAUGAUGAAGAUAAUGAUGGAGAUUAUGGUGGGGAUGAUAAUGGGGAUGAUGAUGGAGAUGAUGAUAGAGAUGAUGGUGGGGAUGAUAGUGAUGAUGAUGAUGAUGACAAUGAAGAUGGGGAUGAUAAAAAGAACAUUGGGAUAGAAGGGGAAAAACCAGGACUUUGUUGCAUAAAUGGUGAAGUUGUAUUAGCACCACUUCAAGCACCACUACUGGAAAUUCUUUAUUUUCUUAAUGAAAAAGAUCCAAUAUCUAAAGUACCAUUUGUUAACCAAAUAAGAGCAUAUAAUCAAGCAUUUGCUUUUACAUCAAUUGCUACUGAUUUAGAUUUGAGUGUUGCCAAUGAAAAAAAGGAGGCAUAUUGCUAUAGAAUUCAGGGUGAUCAUUAUCAUCAAAUUAGCUUAGCUUUGCCAGCACAAGGAGAAAUACCACAAUUUUCCCAAAUAUAUUUUCAUUAUUCUUCAGAUAUUGAAGCACAAAUUGAUAGAAGACAUGAUGUAAUGAAGCAAUCAUUAAACAGAAAAAUGAAAAGUAUUAUCCAAAAUAUAUUAAUGGAUUUAAAUCCUUUUGUAGACGCAGGAAAUGAGGAUUUACAAGAUCCUCUAUAUUAUAUUUUAAUACAUAAUAAGCAUGGCAAAGAAAUGAGACAAUAUAAUGCAUCAUUGGCUAAGGAAGUAGCUGCAAUUUGGUUUUCUGAUUAA